AUGGCCCCCCCGCCACCAAGCACCUGCGACAUUCUCGUCGUAGGCGGUGGCAACGCAGGCUUCUGCGCCGCGCUCUCCGCCGCUGAAAGCUCACCGCGCUCCCGCGUGGUCAUCGUCGACAAAUGCCCCUCCUCUUGGGUGGGAGGGAACAGCUACUUCACAGCGGGCGCCUUCCGCACCGCGCACAAGGGCCUGCAAGACCUUCUCCCGCUGGUGAACAACACCACCCCCGAGCAGGCCGCGCGCAUCGAUAUCCCCGUCUACUCAGAAGCGGACUUCAUGCACGACAUGCAGCGCAUGACGGGCGGGCGCACCGAGCCCCCGCUGGCAAAGGCGCUUGUCGGCGAGAGUCGCGACGCCGUCGGCUGGCUGGCUAAGAACGGCGUGCGCUUCCAGCUCUCCUUCAAUCGCCAGGCGUACGAGGUGAACGGCCGCAUCAAGUUCUGGGGCGGCAUGGCGCUCAAGACGCAGGAUGGCGGAAAGGGUUUAAUCGAGGAUCAUAGGCGUGCUGCGGCGCGCGCCGGCAUCCAGGUCAUCUUUGAUACUGCGGCCACGAAGCUGGUGACUUGUCCUGAGAGCGGUGCUGUGCUCGGCGUGGAGGUGGUGACCGGCGGCACCACGCAAAAACGUCAGGCAAUGACGAUCCGCGCCGGUGCAGUCAUCCUCGCCGCGGGCGGCUUCGAGGCCAAUGCCCAGCAGCGCGCGCAGUACCUCGGUCCCGGCUGGGACGCUGCCCGCGUGCGCGGAACCCCCUAUAACACAGGCGACGUGCUGGCCCUGGCUCAGCGCGACGUCGCAGCCAAGAUGGUUGGCAACUGGUCCGGGUGCCACUGCACGGCGUGGGAUGCCGAUGCGCCGGCGCACGCGGGCGACCGCGAGGUGUCGAACGAGUUCACCAAGUCCGGGUAUCCGCUGGGGAUCAUGGUGAACCGCGACGGGGCGCGGUUCGCAGACGAAGGCUUCGAUAUGCGCAACUACACCUACGCGAUGAUUGGGCGGCGCAUCCUGCAGCAGCCGGGCCAGGUUGCCUUCCAGGUGUGGGAUUCGCGGACAACCCCAUGGUUGCGCGAGGAGGAGUAUCGGCCCGAGGUCACCAAGCAUAUCACCGGGAAUACCAUCGAGGAGCUGGCGGAUCGCUGUGCGGAGGCAGGCUUGCAGGAUCGCCAGCGGUUUGUCCAGACGAUCAAGGAGUUUAACGCCGCUGUGCCCUCGGACGCGGAGGCAACGCGGCGCUGGGAUCCUGCCGUCAAGGACGGUCUGGCGACCAAAGGCCUCGUUGUGCCCAAGUCCAACUGGGCUCUGCGGAUCGACAAGCCUCCUUUCCUGGCUGUGCGUGUCACGGCCGGUAUCACUUUUACCUUUGGUGGACUCGCUGUAAACCCGGAGAACUCAGCCGUUAUCUCCAACGUCACUGGCGCUGAGAUCCCCGGGCUCUAUGCUGCUGGCGAGAUGGUCGGCGGCAUCUUCCAUGACAACUACCCCGGCGGAAGUGGAUUGACAUCUGGAGCUGUGUUUGGGCGCCGGGCUGGCAAGGCUGCGGCGCAGGUUGCGAACCGAAGAGGGACUACUGCGUCUGCCCGACUGUGA